AUGGAAGAGGAAAACCGGACGGGAGUGGUCUACUUCCACUUCCACCCCUUCUCAAUGGACCCAGCAAUGGCUCCCCUCUUAUUUGUGGCCUUCUUGCUGUUGUACUUAGGAAGCCUUGUUGGAAACGUCACCAUUGGGCUCACAGUCUGGCGAGAUCACUCCCUCCACACCCCGAUGUACUUCUUCCUCUUCGUCCUGGCCGUGCUGGAGAUUGGCUACUCCACCAACAUUGCUCCCCUGACUCUGGCUAGCAUCCUUUCCAUGGGGCACAUGCUCAUCUCUCUUCCCAGCUGUGGGGCCCAGAUGUUCUUCUUCAUUCUUCUUGGAGGGUCUGACUGCGUCCUGCUUGCUGUCAUGGCCUAUGACAGGUACGUGGCAAUCUGCCACCCAUUGCAUUACCAAGUCAUCAUGAGUUGGCGGCUCUGUGGACAGAUGACUGUAGGUUCUUUGGGCCUGGGAUUUCUGUUGUCACUGCCUUUGACCAUUCUGAUCUGCCGCCUUCCAUUCUGUGGCCACAGUGAAAUCUACCACUUCUUCUGUGACAUGCCUGCAGUCAUGCGCCUGGCCUGUGUGGACACCCGCAUGCACGAGGCAGCUCUCUAUGCCAUCAGUGUGGCCGCGGUGGCUGUCCCUUUCCUCCUGAUCUGCCUCUCCUAUGGCUGCAUUGUGGCCACCAUCCUGAGGAUGAAUUCAGCUGAGGGAAAGCGCCGGGCUUUCUCCACCUGUUCCUCCCACCUCAGCGUGGUUCUCCUGCAGUAUGGGUGUUGCACCCUUAUCUACCUUCGCCCCAGCUCCAGCUACUCUCCAGAAGAGGGCCGGGCAGUGUCUGUUGUCUACACCUUUUUUUCACCAGUGCUAAACCCCUUGAUCUAUAGCAUAAGGAAUCAAGAGGUGGCUGAUGCAGUAAGAAGACUUAUGGAAAUUCCAAUGAGGAAUCCCUGGAUUGGCCCUGACUACUUAGCCAGCCUCCUCUCUCAUCAUAGAAUAAGGACUGGACAGGAGUAUCAGUGA